AUGAUAGCAGCACCCUCACACCACCACCCUAGGGGGCCCCCCAAACCCUCGGCGGGGGCCCCCCAAACCCCCCCCCCCAAUGGAGAUGCGGGGCCCCCCUGUGUCUCUCCUCUCCCCUGGUCAGCAAGACAGCAGCAGCAGCAGCAGCAGCAGCAGCAGCAGCAGCAGCAGCAGCAGCAGCAGCAGCAGCAGAGGCAGCAGCAGCAGCAGGCUAUGCCGAUGUCUACAGGAGUUGGAGGGGGGCCCGCAUCUACUGGGGGCCCCCCCCUGCCUCCUGCUGCUGCUUCUCCUGCUGCAGCAGCAGCUGCUGCUGCUGCUGCUGCAGGAGCAGCGCAUGCAGCUGGGGGGCCCCCAAGGCCCCCUCAAGGGGGCCCCCCCUUCGGCCCUAUGGGUUCAGGGGGGCCCCCUUCUACUGCAGCAGCAGCAACAGCAGCAGCUGCUGCUGCUGCUGCUGCUUAUAACAGCCUCGCAAAGAGCACGGGGGCCCCCCAGGGGGCCCCUCUGCCUCCCCCUGCAUCUGCUGCUGCGCUGCGGCCUGCGGUGCCGCCGCUGCCUAUAGGUGCUGCUGCUGCUGCUGCUGCUGCUGCUACUGUGCAGCAGCAGCAGCAGCAGAAGCUGCAGCAGCAGCAGCAGCAGCAGCAGCAGCAGCAGCUGGAUGCUCCGCGAGACGCCCUGUUGAGGGCGCAGCGAACAUCUUCUCUCAGCAGCACGAAGGAGAUGCUGCUGCAGCAGCAGCAGCAGCAGCAGUUGCUGCAGCAGCGGCAGCAGCAGCGGCAGCAGCAGCAGCAGCAGCAGCAGCAGCAGCAGCAGCAGCGCAGCAGACUUCCCCCUCACCCUAUACAGAACGGCCCCGCAACAGCUUGGCUCGAAGCAGCAGAAGCAGCAAGACAGCUGCUUCACAACAUGCGGCUGCCUGCAGCAGCAGAUGAUGAGCAGCAGCAGCAGCAGCAGCAGCAGCAGAUGCUGCUGCAGCAGCAGCAGCAACUGCCGCUGCUGCCAGCAGCAGGAGAAGCACGCUACCGCCGCAGCAGCAGACAGAUAGAGGUACAGAGGGGAGACAAGGAGAUGCAGCAGCAGCAGCUGCAGCAGCAGCAGCAGCAGCUGCAGCAGCAGCAGCAGCAAAUUGCUGCGCUGCAGCAACAACUGCAGCGAGAGAAGCAGCAGCGGGCGGACGAUACAGCAGCACUGCAGCAGGAAGCAGCAGCCCUUAGACAGCAGCUGCAGCAGCAGCAGCAGCAGCAACAGCAGCAGCAGCAGCAGCAGCAGCAGCAGGAAGGGGGGGGAGAAGCAGCUGAGGAGGAAAGGCGGCGCCUGGAGGGCCGCCUGCAGCAGCAGGAGCAGCAGAUUGAGCUGCUGCAGCAGCAGCUGCAGCAGCAGCAGCAGCAGCAACAGCAACAACAAAUAGCCACUGCAGCAGAUGAUGCAGGCCAGCAGCAGCAGCAGCAGCAGCAAGAGCAGCUGCUGCAUGAGCUGCAGCAGCAGGUGCAGCAGCUGCAGCAGCAAGUCAGCAGCAAGAACCAACAGAUAGAAGAGAAGGAAAAGCAACUGCAGCAGCAGCAGCAGCAGAUACAGCAGCAGCAGCAGCAAAUACAGCAGCUGCAGCGUCAGCUGCGUGAUGCAGCAGAAAGGGCUGCUGCUGCACCCCUCAGCAGCAGCAGCAGCAGCAGCAGCAGCAGCAGCAGCAGCAGCAGCAAUAUAGCGAAGUCGUUACAGACGCUGCAGCAGGAAGUAGCGAGGAUACGCAUGCAGCACGAAGCCGCGCUGCAGUGUCUCGGCAGCUCUGCUGCUGCUGCUGCUGCUGCUGAUCAGAGCGGAGCAGCAGCAGCAGCAGCAGCAGCAGCAGCAGCAACAGCAGCAGCAGCAGGUCAGCAAGCAUUUGAUGACAUCGGCAGUGUAAUUCAAGGCAUGCAGCAAGAGCAGCAGCAGCAGGAGCAGCAGCAGCAGCAGCAGCAACAGCAGCAGCAGCAACAGCAGCAACAGCAGCAGCAGCAGCAGCAGCAGCGGUAUCUGCAGCCGCUGCAGCAGCCAGGCAGCCCCUGCAGCAGCGUUGCAUGCAGCACGCGUGUGCGUUCUCGUCGCAGCAGCGUGAGCAGCAGCAGCAGCAGCAGCAGCAGCAGCAGCAGCUGUGUAUCGUCGAUGCUAACAGCAGUGCAGCGGAUGCAGGAGAUAUAUACAAAAGCAGCAGCAGCAGAAGCAGCAGCAAGACAGCAGCAGCAAGGAACCAGACAGCUCAGCCGCAGCAGCUUCUCUUUCAUCUCUUCUCGCUUUACUGCUCUCCCGCUAUUUGCUGCUGCACAACCCAGCACCCCGGGAACACCCUCACACCUCAGUGUUUCUUCGCUGCCUGUGAACGCCCAGGCUUCUCCCGCCCGUAUGUGGAAUAGUGCUCUCCCCUUCGUGCAGCAGCAGCAGCAGCAGCAGCAGCAGCAGCAGGAGCUGCAGCAGCAGCACCAGCGCCAGUCAAGCGCACCGCAGCAGCAGCAGCAGCAGCAACAGAAGC